CCGUUUCGCGCUCUCGGCCCGGGGAGGCAGGCCAAAGGCGAGCACCUGGCUUCGUGCGCCCGCGCCGGAGCUUCUCUCACGGCUUCACAUCGCUGUCUUCGAACUGCAGUAGGGCUGUUCCAUUGCCUCAGCACCCUUGUCACUCGGUCAUCAGAUGCUUUUGAUGCCCGGCGGGGAUGGGGGGGGGUGGGGGAUGCGCAUCUGGCGCUGCCGUGCCUGCACUGCACCCCUGUCGACAGGUGUCGGCCUUGCCGGCACCAGCACUUGCGGGCGUUGCGGCACGCCGUGAAUGCCCAUGGCAACAAUGAAUGCCGCAGACACACCGACUGAACCCGUAAUGUAAUUUUCUAUGACCAAGCUGUUACUAUGAUACUUCUAAUCGGACGAUAAGAGACAGGCGUAGCAUUUCUACAAUGCCGCGAGCAGGCUGAGUGCGGAGGAGAGGCGCGGAAGCCGCCCCUCUGAAAGGACCAGGGAGAAUGCCAAUACUGCAACUGGACCGCGCGGGGAGAGAGCGCGAGGAACCACCGUGUCACCUGGACCUAUCAAAGCUGAUACAGGCCGGGACCAAGUCGUUCUUCAACAAUCCCCUGUUGUCAGACAUUGUUCUCGUCUGUCCGGAUGGACGCGCGCUGCACUGCCAUUCGGUCAUAUUGGCAGCGGCAUCUCGCCGACUAGCCGCCGCCCUGAAGCAGGGCAACUGGACGCCAGGGCAACAGAUGCCUGUCAAGGGGGUUGACAGCGAUGCGUUAGAGACGCUCGUGUACGCCUUCUACACAGCCGAGUGCCCGCUGGAGCUGGCGCGGGUGCCAGCGCUGUACGAUGCUGCGAUCAAACUGGAGGUGCCCUCUCUGGCGCCCGCGCUGGAGCAGUACACGGCCAGUGCGCUGCAGCCGCACAAUUGUUGCGCCGUGCUGGAGCUGUGCCUGGGCGCCGGCGUGGGGCCGCUGGCAGAGCUGGUGCUGGAGUGGAUUCGCAGCAGAGUCGCGGACGUGGUGCCCGGCCCCGAGUUCCGGGCGUGCCGGUUGGAGACGGCGGCGCUCAUCUGCAAGGAUCUGGCGGGUCGGAGCCAGCUCGUGGGGUUGCAGGUGGCUGUGGCCUGGCUGACCGCCUCCAGCGCGCGCGGCAGCCUGGUGGGUGUGUUCGCAGAGGCCACUGGCCUGGCCGUGGACGCCAUACAGGCGGUCGCCAACAGCGGCGGCGCGCUGGGGCCCAUAGGGGGUCUAGGGGCAGCCGGAGGUGGUGGCGGAGGAGGAGCGGGAGCCGGCGGCGGCGGGAUGAGUGGCCUUGGCGGCCUUGGCGCGUCGCUGUCGCUCCAUGGGCCGCACGGACCCUCGAUCAGUCUGCAGCUGGCUGUCGGCGGGGGCGGCGGCGGCGCGUCGGAUGGGCUCGGGCCGCUGGGGCUUGGCGGCGGUGGGGGCCUGGGCGGCGCAGGCGUGGGCGGCAGCGGCUCACAGGUGCUGCAGCUGCUGCCGCCGCCGGGCGGGCUCGGAGGGGGCGGCGGCGGCCCGAAUGACCUCAGCGGGCUUCAGUCGCUGCUGGGAGGAGGCCCCGGAGGGCUGGGCGGCAAGGCCGGCGCCGGCAUGGCGGGUCUGGGCGGGCUGGGGGGCCUUGGUGGGCUGGGCCCGGGGCUGGGCCUGGAUGCGCUGGCGGACGCGGCGGAGGGCGAGCGCAUGCAGAAGCGGCUGCGGCUGGGCGCCGGGGGGCCGGGCGGCUUCGGCGCGCUUGCCGAGAGCGGCUCGGCUACGUCACGGGACUUGUCUAGCGCGCUGAUGGAUGGUCCGUUGCGGCUGGGCGGCGGCGGCCCUGGCCGUGACCUGGACCUGCCAAGCCUGUCCAUGGGCGGCGUGGGGCUGGGUGGCGGAGGCCUUGGCGGCGGGCUGGGCACGUCCAGUGGGCUGAGCGGAGGAAAUGGGGGUGGAGGAGGAGUUGGUGGCGGCCGCGGCCGGGGGCGUGGCGGCGGUCGGCGGCGGCGCGGCACUUCUGCCAGUGACGAUGACGAGGAUUACGCACCCGGCGGCGGCCGCAGCGGCGGCUCGGGCGGCCGGAGCCGCGCGCAGGAGCUCGUCUACGAUGCUGACGCGGCGGCCAUGGACGACCCCGCCGCCGGCUCAGGCGGCGGUGGCAGCGGCCCUGGCGAAGACGCGCCCAGCGGCGGCCACGGCGACGACUCUGGGGCCGGCGGCGGCGGGGGUGGCAACAUCCCCGCUAACACGCCAGUGCUCAUGACGGGCCGGCGCACGCCGGCACAGAAGGGCAUGUGCCACGUGCAGGGCUGCAACCGCAGCCUGGCGGGCCUGAGGGACUACUACCAGCGCUACAAGAUUUGUGAGCACCACCUCAAGGUCAGCCAGGUGCUCAAGGACGGAGUGCCACACCGCUUCUGCCAGCAGUGCGGCCGUUUUCACCCGCUGACGGAGUUCGACGGCGACCGGCGCUCCUGCCGCACCAUGCUUCAACGGCACUGCCACCGCCGCGCCAAGCAGAAGCAGGAGCUGGCGGAGGUGCUGGCGCAGCGCUACGAGGAGAAGCAGGUGGCUGCGAGCAUGACGGCCGUGAUGGCGGCCAUGGCCCGUGGCACUCCCGCGGGCGUGCCCGCACUGCCGCCCAUGCUGCAGCUGCAGUACCUUGCCGGACUGCCCGCCGCCGCUGCAGCCGCCGCCGGCCGGGACGACGGCGGCGCCAAGGAUGAGGACAUGGAUGGCCGAGGCGGCGGCGGCCGCAGCCUGCCUGCAGGGCUGCACUCGCCGCCGUCGCGAGCGGCGCUGACGGAGGCUGUGCAGCAGCGUGCGCGUAAGCAGCAGGCGACAGUGCUGUCGCAGUCGGGUCUGCUAGGGCUGGCAGGCAGCGGCGAGGGCCUGCCUGAGGGGCAGCUUGCGGCCGCCAUGGCCGCUGCCGCGGCGGGCCUGACGCUGGGUCUGGACAACCUGCCGGCUGUGGGGCAGCUGCCGGGGAGCGGCGGGGUGGCAGAACGCAAGUUCGGCGACCAGGAGCUCCUGACCGGAGGCGGCGGUAACGGCAAGGAGGAGCAGCGUGCUGGGGCCGCAGGCGCUGGCAGCCCGCCGAGCGCGGCGGCGGCGGGCCGCCGCGCCGGCGGUGAGGAGCCGGCAAGCGGGAAGCACGAGCCCGCAGACACGGAAGGAGUCGGCGGUGGCGGCGGGGCAGGCGACAGCGGCGAAGAUGGCAACGGCUCGCGGCCGGCGACGGGCGGCCGAUUUGCUGCCGCCUCCAAGGGCGAGCCAGGUGGCGGCUCUGGUGAUGGGCUCCAGCGCGUGGAUGGCGGCGGCGACUCGCCUGGCGGGAACGGCGCAGGCGCCGUGGGGGCACAGUGGGGGGCGGGCGACGCUGCCGCGUGUGGUGCCAGAGGUGGGAGGGACGCCGCCGUGCCCUCUGGCCUUGACGGUAGAAGUCAGCCGCGAGACCUGUGACAGGUGGGCACAUCCCCCAUCACAGCCGCUACCAUGCAUGUCAUGUGGCGCCGUGGAGUAUCGACGGGUUGGUUCGGCCGCGAUUCGCGGACUCAAUGCAAGAGCCUUUUCUGCCGGGCACCUAGGCUAUCAUGCUGCGCGCUAUUACUAAGCUCCCGAACUGACUAUGCAGAUAGGUUGUCGCAUCCGGUGUUGGAUGGCCUUACUGAUGUGUGGUGCGUGUCGCUACCGUAUGCUAGUUUUAUCCUUACUCAUGGCCUCAACUGCGCGCGGGGCCCGCAUGAGCUCACUCAAUUGGCUCAUCCAAGUGACGUAUCCAUGCAAUGCCACGCCCGGGCAGCGCCUGGAGCCCAUUUCCUUCAUGUUGUUACACGCUGUUAGAGUGCUUUUGAGGUGACAUGACGGCACCGCCGCUGUGGGGUUUGGUUCUCCGAGCUUUGGUUCACCGUGAGGGGCGCUCCAGUCGCAAUGCCAUGCGUCAUCUCUUUUCUGUCGUGCAAUUGCAUCGUGUGCGCGGAGGCCCAGCUGAUAUGGUUGUUUUGAUGUUCGAGGGACCCUCGCGUAUACUACUCUCCAUGCGCUGAUCGCCCACAUCACGGCGAGAUUGUUGCUAUGCUCAAGACUUCAACAGGUGACAAGCCGGGAAUGCAAUGGCUGCGACGCUAGUGCAGACUGCUUGGGAUCGUAUACGUACAUGACCACAGGCGACAGACCCGCGAGAGUCUGACGUUGCUGGCAGGGCGUGCGUUGUCGUGUCACAGGCUGCUGGUAGCAUGGAUAUGCGUGAUUGCAUGUUAGGGUGCCUGCGUAUAGGUGCAAACGCUGCUGCUGGAGCGGCUGAGCACUGGCGCUUACCACGCCAUGCAAGCGCACGGGGCGGGAUGUGCGGGCUGGUAUCACCUGCGCGUGAGAACCGCGAGACCAACCUCGUGCGGGCCAUGUGACGCGAACGGCGGGUAGCUGGACUUACAUGCAGUAUUGUGCUGUGCGGUAGCCUUAAUGGUCGUGUUGUGGAGCUCGAAUGGAAUGAGCAGUAUCAGGAUGCACCCCACAACAAGUUGAAUCGCGGCUUUUGCUUCGACGGCGCCUGAACCCUGAGGUUUGGACAUGGCUGCUGAGGUGGCGCUAGCUGUUUUGCAUUGCAUUGUUUGAACGUAGCCAUGCCAUGAGACUUGAUUUGGCAAACGGGGGUUGGCGAGAUUUCAACGCUUAGAGAGUUUGCAUGGGCGACAGGCUGAACCGGCACAUACGUGCAAUUACAUGGUCGGCGCUGGUAUGGCAGAAUCAUGUUUCCGAUGAGACUGUUGCAUCUCUUUCUCAAUUGACAACAGAGAGCUUCGAGAAUGGUCAUCUUGGUAAUGGUGUGAGGGGAUGGGGGAGUCCUUUUAUGGGGUGCCGUCAAACCAAUGCGCGUGGUCAUGCCGGCGAUAGCACUCUCUUUCCAAUGCUAGCGCCGGGAACUGGACGCCACGGCUGAAGCUCCCGUGCGCACACGAGCUAAACGUGUGUCAUGUGCAUGGGCUCAGCCCACUUGUCCAUUGCGACGGAAAUUUUCUUGUUGUUUACGAAUAACGCGAUUGCAAAGACAGUUUGACUUGACGUGGACGGCGGACUACCACUGCGUAGGGGUUUGAGGGGUAGCGUAUCUGCGUUGAGGUUUAAGCAGUUGCUAGCAAUGACGUGUCACCGCAAAGUGGAGCAGGCGGCUGCGGCGAUGCAAAGCAAUCAAGCGCCCCAGGAGCCUGUUGAGUUUCGGAGCAGUCACGACAACACAAAUGAUUCCUAUGCAUGAAGCUACCCCAUCGUCCUUUCUUUAGUCCCAAGAGUACUACGGUAUGCGCGCGCGCGUGUGUGUGUGUGUGUGUGUGUGUGUGUGUUGUGGCGUCUGGUGUUGUAAAAAUGCUAUGCAAAGCAAAGGGGAGUACAACCAGUACCGGUAUCUGCAAAAUUGUCGUCAGGGGCGGUAGGCCGGCAGAACACGGCCGGGGGCGAUCGGCUGAACGGAGGGUCUUCGGCAUCAAGAUGGGCCGACCGUGCCCGUGUAAGAACCUCCGCUC